AUGGCAAUCGACACUACUACUGAGAAGCUCCCCAUCCUCAUUGGCGUUCGGGUUAUCAUCUCAAAGUUUGCAACGUCGAUUCGUUUGAUCCGACCCUCGUUGGUCUACCCAACACCAAUCGAUCUUAUCACCGACCAGACAACUCGUUUUGAAGACUAUCAUCUACAGCUGCUUCCGAGCCAUGCAGUUCAAUCAGAAAAGGAUUCUUCAAGAAUGGUUGGACAGAUUUGGAUUCAGCAGUUCUGCUACUACAAGCAACGAACUGACAGACUGCUUAUCUCCCAUUGUAUGAAAUCCUCGAGGUCUCCAAUGACCAUCACUAACUACAAAGACGACAUAUUUGCUGACAGAAUCUGCCGAGAAAUUCCGAGGAGAUCAAGAGAUGUCACACCGAUCUUCAACUAG